GGAAGAAUGGAGAGAGAAAAUUGCUCCUCAUUCACUGAGUUCAUUUUCAUGGGAAUUACGGAUAACCCUGAGAUGAGUGUGACUCUAUUUAGUAUUUUUCUUUUUGUUUAUGUCAUUGAUCUCCUGGCAAAUCUUGGAAUGAUAAUUUUAAUUAAGGUGGAUCCCCAGCUUCACACACCCAUGUACUUCUUCCUCAGCCACCUCUCGAUCUGUGACCUCUACUAUUCCUCAGCAAUUGGACCCAAGAUGUUGGUGGAUCUCACAACGAAGAAUAAAUCAAUUUCUUUCUUUGGCUGUGCUGUGCAGUUUCUGACCUUCUGUGUCUUUGCAGAUUCGGAGUGCAUACUGCUGGCAGUGAUGGCCUUCGAUUGGUACAAGGCCAUCAGCAACCCCUUGCUCUACACAGCCCACAUGUCCAGCAGGCUGUGCUCCCUGCUUGUGGCUGGAGUUUACCUACUGGCAAUUGCAGAUGCUUCCAUACAUACUGCUCUGGCAUUCCGCUUAUGUUUCUGUGGGUCCAAUGAGAUUAAUCAUUUCUUCUGUGAUUUACCUCCACUUUUUCUCCUUUCUUGUUCUGACAUACAAAUUAAUGAGCUGAUGUUAUUCAUCAUUUUUGGAUUCAUUGAACUGGGCACCAUCUCAGGAGUUCUUGUCUCCUACUGCUACAUCAUCUUAUCAGUCUUAAAGAUCCGCUCUGCUGAGGGCCGAUUCAAAGCUUUCUCUACCUGCGCCUUCCACUUAACUGCGGUUGCCAUUUUCCAAGGAACGCUGCUCUUCAUGAAUUUUAGGCCACGUUCUGCCUACUCCCUAGAUCAAGACAAAAUGACCUCACUGUUUUACACCCUGGUGAUCCCCAUGCUGAACCCUCUGAUUUACAGCCUGCGGAACAAGGAUGUGAAGGAGGCCCUGGAAAAACUGAGAAGUAAAAGAUGGAUUUGA